AGAAGCCUGUGGGACAGUAGCACCAGGCUCAUGGAUUUAGAGGACGACACACAAUGGCUGGAGUGGGUGGCCAAGCAGUUUGAGAACAUUGCUGGCGAUGAUCAAGAGAUUGACUUGGAAGAAUUCAAAGCUGCUCUCAAGCUGAAGGAGUCCUUUUUUGCUGAGCGGUUCUUUGCUUUGUUUGACGCCGACGGAAGUGGCACAAUCAGUUUGGAUGAACUCCUGGAAGCCCUGAAACUGCUGAUCCAUGGAAGUGAAACAGACAAGCUCCGGUUCCUCUUCCAGGUUUAUGAUGUGGACGGCAGUGGGUCUAUUGACUCCGAUGAGUUGCGCCUUGUCUUAAAAUCAUGCCUGAGGGAGAGUUCAAUAUCUUUGCCAGAGGAGAAGCUAGAUGACCUCACCGUGGCUCUUUUUGAAUCAGCGGACACUGACAAGAGCGGAUCCAUCACCUUUGAAGAGCUCAGAGGGGAACUGGAGCGUUUUCCAGAGGUCAUGGAGAACUUAACAAUAAGCGCUGCAAACUGGCUGAAGCCCCGCCGAGCUCCAAGGAAGAGCGGCGCACCACGCUGCCUGAGCCCAGCCUAUUGGCAGAACAACAGGAGCCAGUUUCUUUUCCUGGGUGGAUAUGUGUGCCUGAACGUCCUCCUCUUCACCUGUGCAGCGCUGAGGCAUGCUGAAUUUGGCAUCUGGCUGACGCUGGCUAAAGGCUGUGGGCAGUGCUUGAACUUCAACUGCACAUUCGUAGUUGUGCUGAUGCUACGCCGAUGCCUGACAUGGUUACGGGCUACCUGGGUUGCUGGAGUCCUGCCUUUGGACCAGAAUAUCCUUCUGCACCAGCUGGUGGGCUAUGUAGUGGUAGCUCUGACCGCCGUUCACACUGGAGCUCACGUGGCCAACUUUGUAAGAAUGUCUCAGACCCAAGACAGCUAUUGCCUUUGGGAAUACCUGUUCACAACCCGACCUGGGAUCGGCUGGAUCUAUGGUACCGCCUCUCUCUCGGGCCUCCUCCUCCAGCUGCUCGUUGGCCUGAUGUUUGUCUGCUCCUGCCCCUUCAUCCGCAAGAGCGGCCACUUUGCGGUUUUCUACUGGACCCACCUCUCUUAUAUCUUCAUCUGGGCUUUGUUAACGGUCCACGGCCCUCAUUUUUGGAAGUGGUUUGUGGUGCCUGGAUUUCUGUUCCUCGUGGAGAAGAUUGUCGGUGUUGCCUUGAUGCACAUCAGAGGGCUACACAUAGUGGAAGUCAACCUCUUGCCCUCUAAGGUGACUCAUCUAGUGAUCAAGAGACCUCCGUUUUUCCACUACAAACCGGGUGACUACGUGUACCUGAACAUCCCAGUCAUAGCCAAGUACGAAUGGCAUCCCUUUACCAUCAGCAGUGCUCCAGAACAGCCAGGGAUCAUCUGGCUGCAUAUAAGGUCCCUGGGACAGUGGACCAAUCGGUUGUAUGAGUACUUCGUUCAUCAUUGUAAACUUUCCAACAAUAACCCUGAGUGUCUGGCCAGAAAUCCAAGGAAGAAGGGCUGGUCCCAGACAUGGGUGCAGAAAUGUCUCCUGGGCUCCUCGGACCUGGAUCCAUCUGUGGCCACCAAUGAGGACGAGAUGAUUGAGAUCUUGUCGUAUACAUCUACCACAUGUCCCAGCUGGGCGACUGCCAGUCCUGGUGUUACUGGCAGGUAUUCUUUUGAAAAACGAUACGAUGUCCCUAUUUCUAACACGAGCAUCUUUGUGCCACAGGUUUUUGGCAAGCUAGAUGACAACCGGCAACACUGCAACAUCAAGUGCUACAUUGAUGGUCCAUACGGGACUCACACGCGAAGAAUCUUCACUUCAGAACAUGCAGUGCUGAUCGGGGCAGGAAUUGGGAUCACCCCAUUUGCUUCCAUUUUGCAAAGUAUCAUGUACAGGUAUCAUAUGAGACAGCAAGCCUCUUCCAGCCAGUGCCCCAUACAGAGGGAAGCCUUUAAAAAUCAGGAAAUGAAGCUCCAGAAGGUUGACUUCAUCUGGAUCAAUCGGGAUCAGAAAUCCUUUGAGUGGUUUGUAAGCCUGUUGACUAAGCUGGAAGUUGAUCAAGCCAAGAGAGACCCUGAAGGCUGCUUUCUGGAGAUGCACUUAUUCAUGACCUCGGCUCUCAGCAAGAACGAUGUGAAGGCCAUCGGCCUCCAGAUGGCAUUAGAUCUGCUGGCCAAAAAAGAAAAGAGGGACUCCAUCACCGGACUCAAGACCAGAACCCAGCCAGGACGCCCUGACUGGAACCAGAUCUUUCAGAAACUAUCCGAGGAGCGUGCAGGAAAAGUCCAUGUCUUCUUCUGUGGCUCUCCAGCUCUUGCCAAGGUCAUCAGAGCCCACUGUGAAGAGUUCAACUUCCGAUUUUUCAAAGAACACUUUUAAGCGGGUCCCUCUUGCUUCUCACUGGCUUUCCCGUGCUGAGGUGGCAAGCCCAGGUGGGGCGCAGAGGUGUGCUGUGUAGAUGGCUCCAUCCAUUAUGCUGCCAUUCUGUAUCCUUUGCUAAAAGACCUCGUAAAGCAAUUUUGCUAUCCUCUUCUGUAGGUGCAGCGUUUAGAAAUGUAGUACAACUCGGAGACCAUGUUUUCAAGAUACUCUGCAAAAUAAACCCAAAUUUGGCGGA